CUUAUAUAUCUCUUUAUGCCCAUAGGAGUGGAUAUUGCUGUAGCCGCUAGUUUAUUGUACAGUAAUAAUCGGACAGCCAGUGUGGCCUCUACUAUAACAGCUGAGAUGGCAAAUGACAUGACCAUAACAGGAACAAAAGGAUGUGUAAAACUACCAAAGAACAUGUGGUGUCCCGUAAUUGUUGAAACACCAGAAAAAACUUAUGAAUUUCCAUUACCAGACACCAAAGUUCCAUGCAAUUAUAUUCAUAGUUCAGGACUCAGAUAUGAAGCUGUUGAAGUUAGAGAAUGCCUAAAAAAAGGAGUUUUGGAGAGUUCAAUUAUGCCAUUAGAGGAUUCUAUAAAAUUAGCAGAAAUCAUGGAUGAAAUUCGUCAGCAAAUUGGAGUGAAACAUGAAGAUUAAAAAUACAAGGAACAAAUAACAAACUUUUUUUUAUUAAACGUAAAAUUUAUUUUAAAUUUAUAGAUGUGGCGGGCGGUAAUAUUUUUAUUCAAUAAAUAAAUAAAAAAAAUGA